AUGGAUACUUCUCAUGUCUUGCCUACUGAUGGAGAGGAUGCAUGGUUACCAGCAACAGAACCAACAUCUAAUAAAAGAAAAGGCAGAGGUUCGACAACAUUACCGGAUGUCAUAAAGGAUAGGAGUUCUGGUGUACGAAAAGCCAUUGACUAUAACGAGAAUGGUCAAUUGAUUGGAAACAAUUCAAUCAAAUGUUCAAGUUAUCAUGGGGUGUUGGCUCGCACAAUGAUUCCGAUAUGCUAUAAAGACUGGUUUGAGGUGCCAGCUGAACUGAAUGAAAAAUUAUGGAGUUGUGUGGAGUUAACAUACAAAGUGGAUGAAAGAAGUAAGAAAAAUGUGUUAUCUUCAAUUUGUUCAAAAUGGAGGACAUUCAAGAAAGAACUUACCAAGUACAUACGUGAAAACAAGUCCAAUCCUGAGAUCAUAUCAAACCCACCAGCAAUUUAUGGAUUCAUUGAACAAAGACAUUGGGACUCAUUUCUUGUAAGGCGACUAUCAGAAGAGUUUGAGAUUUUGAGCCAGGUUCAAAAAUGGAGACGAAGUCAAAAUAAGUAUAACCAUAGAAUUAGUCGAAAGGGCUAUGCUCGCUUUCAACAAGACUAUAAACGUAUGACCGGAUCUACUGAAGAUUUGGAUAGAAGCGUUUUAUGGAAAAAGGCUCGUCAAAAUAAAAAUGGAGAAUAUGAUGACAAGACAAUUAUGGAACAAGCUGCGAGAAUUGAUGAGUUGACCAAACAAAAAAGUGAUGGGAGUUUAAAGAUUGAAGGAUGCAAUGUCAUUCUUACUAUGGCAUUGGGUACUCCUGAAUCUUCUAGUUGAGUAAGGGGUGUAGGAAAUUCUGUCACACCUAGCACCUACUUUCACUUGCCUAGACGUGGGAA